AUGUGCUCCUCCCGCACUACCACUACAUCAAGACCCUCUUACUUGGAACAAGACCACGGUUUGGCUUCCUUAACCGACAUGGAUGCAUGCCAUCGUGCCAACAAUUUCGUAUCCAGGUCCAUGACCAUGGGUUACGCCACCUCCUAUAGCAGAACCGGUAUAAGGAACACCCUUUCUGUUUCCUCUCCUAGAUCUAAGAGAUUCUGUGACGCCAGAUUCGAAGAUCACCACUCUCAUUUCCUCGCCGCUUGUUUCCUCUGUAAAAAACCACUCGGGGACAACAGAGACAUCUUCAUGUAUAGAGGGGACACGCCGUUCUGUAGCGAGGAGUGCAGGCAAGAACAAAUAGAGAUAGACGAAGCCAAAGAGAAGAACAGGAACCUUUCUUCAUCGAUGAAGGCUUUGAGGAAUAAGGAGCAAAGCAAAUCCACGUCGCCAAACAAGGCGCAAGGUUACUCGUUCCGUACGGGGGCAGUUGCGGCGGCUUAG